AUGGAUGUGGGGGUCGGGCCUGGGGUGGGAACAGGCUCCGGCGUAGUCGGCGUUGGGUUUGGCGCGGUGGUCUCCGAGGGUGGGCCUGAGAGGGGCAUCCCAGGGGGGAUCACGGGCAUGGGGCCUGUGGGGGUGCUGAGCCCUUGGAAGGGUGCACGUACGGGCUCAGGUGUUGUGGGCAUGGAUGUGACAGGAUUGAGUACCGGAGCUGUUUGGGUCAGCUCGGGGGUUGUGGGCGCGGGUGUCUGGCUGGCAGCGAAGGGGCCCGCUGCAGCGAGUGGUGUCGUCAUGGCGGGUGUGGGCACGGGCUCUGGGGUCGUCUGCCUUGCUGCCGCGAAGGGGUCUGUCGCAGUCGACAGAGGUGUGGUGACGGCAGGCGCAGGCACCGGCUCUGGCGUCGUCAACCUUGGCGCCGGGGCGGGGGCUGGCUCGGGAGUCCGGGGCGCAGAAGUCGCCACUGGCGCUGGGCCGGGAGCCGCCACCGGUGCUGGCGACCAGCUGGGUGCAGACACGGGCUGGGAGACGGGGGGGAAGGGCUGGGGUACAGGCUCGGAGUUGAUCAAACUUGGGUUCAAAGGAGUCGGCACGGCCCUUAAGGUGUUCACCGAGUUGUGGGGUGCGCCAUGGUUGCCAUUGUUGGCAUGA